CAUUUACAUAUAUAUAAAUAUAUAUAUAGCUGCAAUAGCUGAUCGAGGGUCGGUUCCAUAGAGUAAGACAGUUGUAAGUAACCGACUCUAUGAUCGGUUCAUAUCGUUCAUAUUGUUCUAUAGUAUUAUCGCACAAACCUUAUCAAUAUUAUCAGUAAUAAAUAAUAAUCACUAACCAUCAGAGAGGCGAGCCGAGCCGCCGAGGACCGAUCGAAGAUCACGCGAUCACUCAUUCCCUAACUUCAUUAUUAUCUGUACCUGUAAUCUCUGCAUUCACCAGUCACCGCUGUUCAUUAAUUAUUUAAACACGUGAUGUACUCAAAAUUAUUUAUGAGUUAUUUUUCAAAUAUCAAAGCUGAAGAUAUGAGUUGCCGAAAACAGUUGUAGGUGCAACUCAGUACGAGUUUGUGACAUAAUUGUUCAUUUACAUCCCUGAAACUACCGAUCGCGCCAUGGUAGUCCAGAAGAAAGAAAGCGUGUUCAACACACUCAACGAAUGUGAAGUGGAAGAUAUUACUUUAGAGUUUUUCUACAAACCUCAUACCAUAACUCUAUUAAUAUUGUCAAUCAUUGGUGUAAUUUUUAUGUCCUUUAUUCGAGAUGACAAAUCGAUUGACAGCAAUAUUUGCGCUGGAAUCUGGUGUGUUAUAUUUUUUUUGAUUCUUGUAUCUCUAUUGGCAUUCCCAAAUGGCCCAUUUGUGAGACCUCACCCAGCAGUCUGGCGAAUGGUAUUUGGACUAAGUGUUCUAUACUCGUUAACAUUGCUAUUUUUAUUAUUUCAAAAAUAUGAAACUAUUAAAGGAAUGAUAUUAUGGCUUGAUCCUAAUCUAAAAGAUUUCCGAAUUGAUAUGGAUAAAGAGUAUGGUGUUAACUGUUCAGAUAUCUCUGUAGAGAAGUUUUGGGCACAUUUGGAUGUAUUUGCUGCUGGUCACUUUUUUGGAUGGGUAUCAAAAGCAAUACUAGUGAGGCAUUAUGGAAUAUUGUGGUCAAUGAGUAUGAUGUGGGAAUUCACUGAAGUAAUGUUUUCUCAUUUAUUGCCUAAUUUUAAGGAAUGUUGGUGGGAUGCAUGGAUUUUAGAUGUCCUACUUUGCAAUGGAUUUGGUAUAUGGGUCGGAAUGAAAAUUUGCAAAAUGUUGGAAAUGAGAGACUAUAACUGGCCUGGUAUUAAAGAUAUUGACACAACUAAAGGUAAAAUCAAGCGAGCUGCACUACAGUUUACACCAGCUAGUUGGACACCAGUUCGGUGGCUAGAUCCAAAUUCAUCAUAUAUGCGCUUUUUUUCUGUGUGCCAAAUGGUAAUUAUGUGGCAAGUAUCUGAACUGAAUACAUUCUUCUUGAAGCACAUAUUUGAAAUGCCACCAUCACAUCCACUAGUUGUUGGCAGGCUUUUCUUUUUGAGUAUUGUAGUUGCACCAUCUACUCGACAAUAUUACACAUAUGUGACAGAUCCUAAUUGUAAAAGACUUGGGACACAGUGUUGGGUCUAUGCAGUCAUAAUGGUCACUGAGUCACUGUUGUGUAUAAAAAAUGGAAAAGAACUAUUUCAACAGACAGAAAUUUUUAACAUAUCAGUAUGGUUGAUGAUCAUGCUAUUUUUCUCCGUUGUGAGUGUUUUGGGUUUUUGGCAGGCUGAUUGGUUGACAGGACAAAAAAUUGAUGCAGAUGUUGUUCCAAACUCCAUUUCAAAUGAUAGCAAUGUUGAAGAAGACUACAAAACUAGCAAAAGCAAAACACUUUAAAAUUAUUUCUUAAAGUAGUAGCGUUAAUUAGUAGAUGCCAAAUAUUACAUAAAUACGUACCCAUAUUAGAAUCAUUAGAUGACAUUACAAAUUGUAAACUCGAUAUGUGACCUAUUCCUUAAAAUAAUUAUUUUUAUAUUUAUUUAUUUAAAAAUAAUGGGACAUGUAUUUCUUUAUGAGUUCUUAACUAUCAGAUCUUGUAUUGUUAUUAGUUAUUGUAAUAACGUUAUGAUAAAAGACUUAUUUAAGCCUAGUCACCUUAAGUGUAUUUGUUAUUACCUAUUUUAAAUCAUUUUUCUUUAAAAUGAUAUUUAUUGUGAUAAAAAUAUAAAGUACUGAAAUUGUAAUAUUGUGUGUUUAGUGUAUAAAUAGGUCACCUUAACUACUCGUUUGUAAUUUUUUUUUUGACUGUAUUGAUUUCUAAUUGUUCCAUAAUAUUAAAUAAAAUCCAUUGAAAAAAUAAAUGUCUUGUAGAAUAGUUAUAGUAUACAUCAUUAUAAAUACUAAAAUACCUUAGCGUUGAACAUAUUUUAUUUAAAUGUUUGCUCAAGGUAAUAUAUUUAACGUAUUAAAGACAAAAUAUAGUAACAUAGUGUCAUAGUA